CGUUACAGACCACUGGUUUACAACAGCACCAAACUACACAUGCGGAGGAGUUCUAACUAAUUCAUCAGGAGUGUUUUCUAGUCCCUUUUUUCCGGGUAUUUACCCUAAUAAUGCAUUUUGCAUAUGGGAAAUCAGAGUUUUGCCUGGACAUAUAGUGGAUCUCUCUUUCCUCUACAUAGACUUGGAAUACCACAGCUCUUGCAUUUUUGAUUCUGUGACAAUAUAUGAUGGGCUGCCAUUGAACUCCCCAGCCCUAGGAAAAAUCUGCUCACCUGGGAACUCCACAUUUAAGUCUUCCUCUAAUGUGAUGGGUGUUGUCUUCCAAACUGAUGGUAGUGUGCAGAAAAUUGGAUUUCAAGUAUUCUACUCCUCAUCAACUAAAAAUACCACCGAACCAGUUAAUUGUGGUGGAAUCCUAACUUAUCCAUGGGGAAUAAUUGAAAGCCCAUCUUAUCCAUAUUCACGCAGCCCUGCUGACUGUGUUUGGCAUAUACAAAGCGCAAACAGUGUUAUUGAGAUAAAUUUCAAUGAUGUUGCGCUUGAAAGCUCUGCUUUCUGUUCAUCUGGAUCUGUAUCUGUAUAUGAUGGAACACCUGCUGGCUCACCGUUAUUGGGAAGAUUUUGUGGAACAGGGGCACGCAGAUUCAAAUCAACAUCCAAUAGUCUAACUGUUGUGUUCAACAGCACAGGAAGCAACAGCAACUAUGUCCGCGGUUUUCAUGCCAACUACGUCUCUAUACUGCAAAAUAAUCAGAGUGUGGCCCUUUAUUGUACAUCAGAUCUCAUGGAAGCUCAGGUUUCAGUACAAUAUCUGCAGUCUUUAGGAUAUUCUACAAAUGAUGUAUUUCUGAAUGAUGCUAAAUGCCGUCCUUAUAGGUCUGGAAAUUGGCUAAUCUUUUACAUUCCAUACAAUCAGUGCGGCACAGUAAAACAGGGUGAUAGAGACACAAUUAGCUAUUCAAAUAUAUUGCAUGGCUACCAUUCUGGUCAAAUUAUUGAACGCAGCAGAGCACUCAACUUGAAUCUCCGUUGCCAGAUGUUCCAAAACACCAUGGUGCACAUCAUGUAUCAUGCACAAGACGUCAUAAAUCAAACGUUGACACAAUAUGGCUUGUACCAUACUUCACUGUACUUUUACCAUUCGCCAAGCUUUACGUAUCCAGUGUAUAACUAUCCAUACUAUGUGGAACUGAAUCAGAACUUGUAUCUCCAGGCUACACUGCAAUCAUCUGACACCAAUCUCACUUUGUUUGUCGACACAUGUGUGGCUUCUCCUGAUCCCAAUGAUUUUGUGACACAGACUUAUGAUUUAAUACGUAAUGGAUGCAUCAAAGAUUCCACCUAUGUGACCUACCCAACAUAUUACUCAAAUCAGGUUCGAUUUGGAUUCAGCGCAUUUCGCUUCGUACAAAAUUUCUCCAGAGUGUAUUUAGAGUGUAAAUUAACGGUUUGCAACAAAAAUAGCUAUUCUCGCUGUUACCAAGGAUGUAUUAGGCGACAGAAAAGGGCUUCAUCAACUCCUCAUGAGACAUUUAGUGUUGUGGUUGGGCCAAUUGAACUAAAAAAAUUAAACGAAUAAAAUUAGACACUACUACCAUUCAAAUGUUCUUCUAAAUAUA